AUGGAAGGAAAAGAAAUAUUAGAAUGUACACCUCCAGAUCUUCUGCUAAUAGAUCUAAUCAACUACAAGAGCAAAGCAUAUCUACACAAGCUUCAAGCUGGUAACAGAAUGAAGAAGAUGAGAAAGCCACCUAUGCCGAAGGGAAGUAAGGAUGCAAGUUUGUGCCAUGCCACCUAUGUCAAAAAUAUGCGUCAAAUUCAGAUAUUCCAGGCGAGCCUCUCUGUUUCUUCUCGUUGUAACAAUUGUAAGGCUAUAUACAAUGGCAAACCCCUCGUCUGGAAAUGGCACGCAAAGAAACCUUGCAAAUGA